GCGACGUUUUUUUCAGCUCCUCGUCCAUAUCAUGUCUGCUACUACUCCCAUUCCUUCCAACAUCGAUACCUUGCCGGAGGACUGCGUCUCCGCCAUUCUCUCCUUCACUUCUCCGGCCGAUGCCUCCAGAUUUUGCUCGGUCUCCUCCUCCCUCCGGUCCCCUGCUCUUUCCGAUCUCCUCUGGCUCUCCUUCUUGCCCGAUGACUACCCCAACAUCCUUUCCAGGGCGGUCACCCCUCUCCUCUUCUCUUCCAAAAGAGACCUCUUUUACGCUCUUUCCCGUCCGAUUCUCAUUGAUGGUGGCUCCAAGAGCUUCCAAUUAGACAAGUCUUCUGGUGAAAAAUCUUACAUCCUGUCUGCUACGGAGUUAUCUGUGACGUGGGGCAACGACCCCCUGUUAUGGAGCUGGACACCCAUGCCCGAAUCAAGGUUCUCGGUGGUUGCUCAUCUCAGAACAGUGAGCUGGUUGGAAAUUAAGUGCACAAUCAGAACUGGGAUUCUGACACCCAGCACCUGGUACGGAGCUUAUCUGAUAAUGAAGGUGUCUCGUCGAGCGUACGGGCUUGACCGUGCAGCUUCUGAAGUUUCAGUCGAGGUGGGAAACGUGGUGAAGAAGGGGAAGGCAUAUCUGUGCGACAGAGACGAGAGGAAGCAGAAAAUGGAGGCUCUGUUUUAUGGGAGCCGGAGAGAGAUGUUGAGGGAGUCGUCGGAGACGGAAGAAGAUGAGAAAUUUCCGUCGAGAAGGGAAGAUGGUUGGAUGGAGAUUGAGUUGGGGGAGUUUUACAGUGGGGAAGAAGAUCAGGACGUGAAGGUGAGUCUGAUGGAAGUGGGCUAUCAAUUGAAAGCAGGGCUUAUCCUGGAAGGCGUUGAACUCAGACCAAACCAUGUUUGAUCAGAACCACAGCUACAAAACCCAGACGUCACGUGAGAAUAAGUCUGGUAGUUUGACAGUCAGGCUCAGGCCACAUCUUUCAUGUGUUUGGCAUUGGAGUAGUUAUUUUGAUAUGAUCUCAGUUUAUUGAGGGUAUUAGCUUAAUCAAAGCUCCCCUUUUAUUUCAUUUUUUUUAAUUGAUUUAUUGAUUAUUGAUAUCCUGUCCUUCAACGGCUAACCGUAAUGAUGUCAUCAUAAAAACAUUAAUUGCUA